CACACUUGUUUUUUCUUUAACAACUUUAAACAAGUGCGACUGCGUUUACAAUACGACUGCAAACGCAGCUAAGCGGUUUCCCUAUAAGAUCACGUCGUGCGAGAGCGAUAUUUAGAACUGAUAUAGGGAAGAAAGAAGAAGAAAUUAAGGAUGGUGUUGACAAUCUAUGCGCCUUUAUUCGCAUCUUCCAAGAGAGCUGUGGUGACGUUAGUGGAGAAGGGAGUAGAGUUCGAGACUGUCAAUGUUGAUCUCUUGAAAGGAGAGCAGAGGCAGCCUGAGUAUAUUGCCAUUCAGCCUUUCGGUAAGAUCCCUGUGCUCGUCGACGGUGACUACAAAAUCUUUGAGUCGCGUGCCAUCAUGAGGUACAUAGCAGAGAAAUACAGAUCACAAGGACCAGACUUGUUGGGAAAGACAAUUGAAGAGAGGGGACAAGUGGAGCAAUGGCUUGACGUGGAAGCAACAAGCUACCAUCCACCACUACUAGCACUAACGCUGAACAUUGUCUUUGCACCACUCAUGGGCCUUCCUGCUGAUGAGAAAGUUAUAAAAGAGAGUGAAGAGAAGCUUGCUGAAGUGCUUGACGUGUACGAAGCACAGCUUUCAAAGAACGAAUACUUGGCUGGAGAUUUCGUGAGUCUAGCUGAUUUGGCUCACCUUCCCUUCACCGAGUACCUUGUGGGUGCUAUUGGGAAGGCUUAUAUGAUCAAAGAUAGGAAGCAUGUGAGCGCGUGGUGGGAUAAGAUUAGUAACCGUGCUGCGUGGAAGGAAGUUUCUGAGAAAUACGCAUUGCCGGUUUAGGAAGAAAAAAACAAUGAGUCGAUGUGGUUUGUUUGUUGUUGUGAUGUUGAUUUGGGGUUUGUGUGAGGCUUUCUGUACUGUGUGGGUGUCUGGUUUCAGUUUAAUGUCUUUUGGUUCUAAUAAAAACUCUGUUUUAUAAAUAUCAAAGGUUGUAAUAAAAGAAUCCUUCCUUUA